AUGCUACACCUGACUAAGGGAAGUGGCUAUAUAGCCCGGAAGCCGUCUGGAAAUGAUUUGAUGCUCUGGCUGUCUGCUGUCUGCAUUGAAAGAAUGCGCUCUCUCUUCCUUCUAGCUGUUACCCCACUCGCCUCUGCCCUGGUUGUUCCAGGCGAGGACCUGGUGGGCAUUUGGUCUCGGGAGCAGUUCAUUGCUGAUCAAAAUGAAGCUGAUAUAGUUCCAGAGGAACACUGGUCCCCUGAUAAUGAGUUUAAAGAGUGUCCAUGGGAUACCCAAGGUCCGAAAGCUUGGCCUGGAGAAUGCCACCACAGACAUGGAGACUGGCCCGGAGAUGAGCGACCCGGAUGGGGACGAUGGCCGGGAGCAGGCGAGCAUGACAGACACGGUAGAUAUGGAGAAUGGCCCGGCGAAGGUCCCCCAAGAGACGAAUGGCCUGGCAUCGACUAUCCCCACGGAUGGCCACACAGCGACAGAGACCAUCCACCGUAUCCCGACCAUCACAGGCAUAGCGAAUGGCCCAACGACAGGGACGACAUCCCCUGCCACGGUCCCAGACACGAAUCCCCACACCAUGGAAACCCAUGCCCAGGCCCGCGAUGUCUCAAAGACCUCACAAUCUGGGAAGUCAUCCAGCAAAACGAGCAAACAGCCCACCUAGCCGAAAUGCUAUCCAACGACAAAGACCUCAUCUCCCUCCUUAGCAAGGACGAAAACCACACCAUCUUCGCACCGACAAACCACGCCCUAUUCCACCUAGAGCUACCCGCAGAUGCUGUAUCCAACUUCUUGCGCUACCACAUCGUCCCAGGCCGAUUCCACCUCCACGACCUAGCAUUGCACCAGACUCUCCCGACAAAUCUGACAGAGGAGUCAUUAGGGAUGCUUCCCCAGCGACUGAUCAUAGACCGAGUCCAUGAAGCAAUCCUUAACCGAAGGAGUAUGGUCCUGCGCGCAGAUCUGACGACCAAGAAUGGCGUAAUUCAUAUUAUCGAUGGACCUCUAUACCCACCACUGGAAACGCGAAUGAUUAUUCCAGAGGAGAGUAUUUUCGCACGAGCGCUGGCGCAGACGCAGCUGGGUCAGUACUUGGACCCGGCGAAUCGGACGGGAGGGACGACGUUCUUGCCGACGGAUGGGGCAUUUAGGCGGCUUGGGCGGCUGGCGAAUGAGUUCCUUUUCUCGAAGGAGGGGGCGGAUUGUUUGCGGGCUUUGGUGGAGUAUCAUAUCGUUGUGAAUCAGACGCUGUAUCCGGAUGUGGUGUAUGCGGAUGGCAAGGUGACAGAGCUUGGCUCUGGGCAUGCGGUUGUCGAUAUGAAGACUGUUGGGGGGAAGGAGGUUCGUGUUGAUAUCGAGAGGGGGAUGCGGGUGAAUGGGUUUGGGAGGGUUGUUGCGGAUUUAGUGGCGAAGGAAGGGUCGAUUUUGAUGCUGGAGAGGGUGUUGAUUCCACCAAAGGUCAGCAAUAAGAGGGUGAGCAAGAAUGGCGGGGAGUCGACAGGGCUGGAAUGUGUUCGUGAGCAUGAGCUUUGA